ACUAAAACAUCCUUUUCGACUCUUCAGGUCCAACAAAGAUUAUGGGAAAUAUUUCUGGUCUUAGACCUGGGCUUCAUGGUCUCCAUGUCCAUGCCUUAGGGGAUACAACAAAUGGUUGUAUGUCAACUGGGCCACAUUUCAAUCCUGCUGGGAAAGAACAUGGUGCUCCUGAAGAUGAAAUUCGCCAUGCUGGUGAUCUGGGUAAUGUGACUGCUGGCGAUGAUGGUACUGCCACUUUUACAAUUAUUGAUAAUCAGAUUCCCCUCACUGGAGACAACUCUAUAGUUGGGAGGGCUAUUGUUGUUCAUGCAGAUGUAGAUGAUCUUGGGAGAGGUGGUCAUGAGUUGAGCAAAAGCACUGGAAACGCAGGCGAUAGAGUUGCAUGCGGUGUCAUUGGCCUGCAAGGAUAAACCAACCGCCCUUAUGCGUUAUGGUUUGGUUUGGCGGGUAAUUCUGUGAAUGGUACGAGUGUCGUUACUACUACUAAUAAUAAAUAAAAAGCGACCAUUGUAUUUGAAAUAAUAAACGGGUCGGUUUGAAGAUAAAUGAAUUAGUAGUUGAUCAAUAAGUUCAAUUUCUUCUUCUGUUUGCAAA